AUGCGCCUCACUGACACCAUCUGCGAUGAUCAUCGGGAGAUCCAGUCUUACUACGAUUUGACCUACAAUGCCGGAGAUGCCGACGAACAAAGUCGAUUUCAAAACCAAUUCACAUGGGAACUCGCCCGUCAUGUCGUAGGCGAAGAACUAGUGCUGUACCCCGCGCUAGAAGCACAGCUGCCCAAUGCCGAUAUCAGUGAUGAUCGGCAACGACAUCGCGCCAUCAAAGAAAAGCUCGGGGUCUUUCAGAGCUUGAGCUGCUCCGAUCCUCGCUUCAUCCCUACGAUGACAAUUCUGAUGGAAGAUCUCUUAGCCCACAUCCACAUUGAGGAGACACUGGAUCUCGUUCAACUAGAGUCUGCCAUCACAGCCGAGGAGAGCGAUCGCCUCGCCCGUGCUUUUGACCGCGCCAAGUUGUUCGCCCCAACCCGAGCCCAUCCCGACUUGCCCAAUCCGCCCUACGAGACGGUAGCCGAUUUCGUAGCUGCUCCACUGGACCAUCUAUGGGAUCUGUUUCGACGCUGGCCGGGCGAUGGAUUGACUCCAAUCCCAGAAAUGGAUUAG